AUGCUGAGCAGUAAUUUCGCCUACGUCUGGGUUCUUGUACUCCUCGAGACACCUGCCUACGUGUGUGCAUACGACCCAAGUUCCGGCUCCAUCGCUUCUGGUGACCUGGGCGUGGCAGCACCGUAUGGCCUUCCUCCGAGCAAGUUCAAGUCAGAUACCGACAAGCCCGACGACGCAGCCGCGUUCAACAUUACUGGGUAUGACGUCUCCACCGACAGUACGCCUCAGUCUGUGGACGGAUGGAAGCUCGAGGCAGCUGUCAAGCAAGCCGUGUCCUUGUCGGACGCCACGAACUCGUCUGUCAACAAGGACCAAGUGUUCGAGGCAACGACUCUAUACAUCAAAGCACCUGACAAUAUGAAAAUGGACGAUACCUGGAGGAUGUGUGCUGUCGUAUACCCAGGGCUAACGAACAACGUGGACAAUUCUACCACGCUGGAUGGUUCGUGCAAUAACGUGCUCUCGACGGAUUGCAUCCAAGCACUCUCUGUAGGUGCCGGUGGAGCCACCACGAAUGGCAUGGACACAAGUGGAAACUGUACAAGUUUCGUUCUGCCAGCAAGAUGCACCGAUUCUUUCCCAUCUGACAGCCUCAGAACCACGGCGAUUGCAAUCAACCAGACCGUACUUGACGACAAUCGCUUCUACGCGUUCGGCAGCGAGCCAACGGACUCCGGAGAUGCCACCGCGGCUGGUGAGGCAGCCCGCCAGAACGUCUGGACCGUUUUGACCAUCUUCGGCCACCUGUCGUCCAGCGGAACUCGAUCUUCAACCAACGUCGGGGUACAAUGUGUCCGCGCGAUUAAUGGGACCACCGAUAAUGUUACCUCUGGUGCAGGCCGGCUCCGGCCUGAUUUCCUGACUUGGGCAACAAAUUACAAGACCAGCGCGAUCGGAGCUGUCUUACUGGCGGGCUGGCUUAUGAAUAUAGCAGAACAGAAUGGCCGGGCUUCGCUCUGCAUGGAGAUUGAAUGCUUUGUAGACUACACCGUGGACCUCAUGAUUAACACCCAAGCUGAAAAAGGCCAGAUUAUUGUGCCCAGAGGCAUUCAAUGA